GAAGCGGCCGGGGCCCGAGCGGAGAGCAACAGAGAUUCAAGAGAGUGCAGAGGCUUUCUCUGCACCUCGUCCUCGUCGCUCGCGAGAACCGCCUCGCGCUCCGCUCGCGGCUAGGUCUCCGUCGACCGUCGGCGACCGGCAUGGAGGCGGGGGACGCCAUGGAGAGGGGCGAGCAGCGCGGGCCGCUCCUGCCCGAGAGCCAUGGGCCAAAGAUUCAGGACGACAGCCUGCAAGUGCCGCUCUUGAAGGAUAAAAAACGCGCAGGCAGCAAGGCACCAGCAGUUGUUCUAGGGUUCGAGUGCCUGGAGAGCACCGCGUUCAGUGGCAUCUCGUCGAACCUGGUCGUGUACCUGGAGACCGUCCUCCAUGGCAGCAACCUGGCCAGCGCCUCAAAAGUCACGACGUGGUUCGGCACCAGCUACCUCACCCCGAUCUUCGGCGCCAUCAUCGCGGACACCUUCUUGGGCAACUACAACACCAUUCUCGUCUCCCUCGCUGUCUACGUUCUUGGGAUGAUGUUCGUGACCUUCUCGGCGUUCCUGCCCACGGCUGCGGUGCUGGGCGGCUCCUCGGUGUUGGGUGCCCAAACCGUGGCGUUCGUCGGGCUGUACCUCGUCGCGAUCGGGAGCGGCGGGGUGCGGUCGUCGCUGCUGCCGUUCGGCGCGGAGCAGUUCGAUGACGACAACGCGACGGACCGGGAGAGCAAGGGGUCCUUCUUCAGCUGGUUCUACCUCUGCGUCGACUUCGGCCCGAUCGUCUCCGGCCUGUUCAUCGUGUGGAUCCAGAACAACGUCAGCUGGGGCCUCGGCUUCGGCAUCUCCACCGCUUGCAUCGCGCUCGCCUUCGGUGCCUUCGUGCUCGCCACGCCCAUGUACAAGCGCCGCAUGCCCACCGGCACGCCGCUCAAGCGUCUAAGCCAGGUCAUCGUUGCCGCCUGCCGGAAGAUCACCCUCAGGGUGCCCGCCGAUGCAGGUAUGCUCUACGAGGUCAGCGACAAGGUGGAUAACCAGCCCAAGAUCGAACACACAGGCGAGUUCUCAUUCCUCGACAAGGCGGCCAUCAUCACCGAGUCAGACUUUGAGGACAUAACCGAGGAGGCCGGGUCGUCCUGGAAGCUCUGCACCGUGACGCAGGUGGAGGAGCUCAAGAUCUUGCUGCGGCUCCUGCCAAUCUGGGCCACCAGCAUCAUCAUGUCCUCGGCGUACGCGCAGAUGAACACCACCUUCAUCCAGCAGGGCAGCGUCAUGAACAUGUCCAUCCUGUCGGUGUCCGUGCCGGCGGCGUCGAUGGGCUCGUUCGAGGUGACCUGCGUCCUGACAUGGGUGCUGCUCUACAGCAAGGUGAUCGCGCCGGCUGUGAGGAGCUUAUCCUCUAAUGGCAACGGCGAGCCGUCGCAGCUGCAGCGCAUGGGCGCCGGACGGCUCCUCAUGGCUCUGGCCAUGGCGGUCUCGGCGCUCGUGGAGAUGAAGCGGCUCGACAGCGCGGCACGCGGAGAGCAGAUCACCAUCGCGUGGCAGAUCCCGCAGUAUUUCUUCCUCGCAGGCGCGGAGGUGUUCUGCUACAUCGCGCAGCUGGAGUUCUUCUACGCCGAGGCGCCGGACACCAUGAAGAGCACCUGCACGUCGCUGGCUCUGCUCACCAUCGCGCUGGGGAGCUACCUGAGCUCUUUCAUCUACGCUAUUGUUGCGGCGUUCACGACCACGGCGGACAGUCCCGGGUGGAUCUGCGACGACCUCAAUCAGGGACACCUCGACUACUUCUUCUGGACCAUGGCCACCAUGUGCACGCUCAACUUCGUUGUGUACAGCGGCUUCGCCAAGAACUACAAGCUCAAGACGGUGGUCUCAUGACGUGAUUACAAGCUGCUCGCUUUCGUCUUUGAGAUUCCAUUGCAUUUUUGCACAAUUGCUGACUGGUAAUUGGUUAUGGGUAAGAAGCAAGUACUGCCUCAAUGGCUAGGACAUAUAGUAGAUAGGAAACGUACAGUGGUACAGUAGUAGGAAUUUGCAAUAUAUUUCCCCUUUUAUUAUUUUUCCUUCUUCAUUGAAAAAGGAAGCUACACAGAUUCCUGUGGCAGCAACAGUUUUUCAUUUCAAAUUGUAAUACAGUUUUUCUUGAAUAUCAAUGUGCCGGCAAAGGAAUUCUUUUCAUUUUAAGUCUAAU